AUGUCAAUUGAUGUAUGCCUAUCUGAUGAAUCUUCAGAUGAGAAUUGGAAGACUGACUCAAACAACAGCAACACUAUAUCUAAACCAUCUGGUUUUACGUCAUCAAAUGGACAGAACGCCACAAAUGAUAGUCUUGCCGGACAUACAAGUGGGACACCUAGGAGUACCUCGUCUUCACCGAUCACUCCCAACUCCUAUCAGCAGAGACAAUCUGCCCCACAUGGACAGAACGCCACAAAUGUUAGUCUUGCUGGACAUAUAAGUGGGACAUCUAGGAGUACCUCAUCUUCACCGAUCAUUCCCAACUUCUAUCAGCAGAGACAAUCUGCUCCACAUGGACAGAACUCCACAAAUGAUAGUCUUGCCGGACAUACAAGUGGGAAAUCUAGGAGUACCUCGUCUUCACCGAUCACUCCCAACUUCUAUCAGCAGAGACAAUCUGCUCCACAUGGACUGAACGCCACAAAUGAUAAUCUUUCCGGAUAUACAAGUGGGACAUCUGGGAGUACCUCGUCUUCACCGAUCACUCCCAACUCCUAUCAGCAGAGACAAUCUGCUCCACAUGAGCCCUCUACGAUAGAUGAAUCUAGGGAGACUUCUACGCGAGAUUGUGGGAAUACCUUCUCAAUGUAUUCACAAAAUCCGAUGCCAACGAUGCCAGAUCCUUUCGAUAUUCGGUACCAACAGUAUCAAUCGUGGACUGAUAACAAUAAUUGUUAUCCUUUAAGACACGAGGGAUAUGAAUAUCAAGAUCCUACAUCUUAUCUUCAGCUUUAA